UCCAGAACGGCCAAACGUCGACCUCGACUUUCGCCUGCAACGCCCGCAGCGACGACGAACCAACCACAACCACAACCACAACCACAACCACCACCACCACGACAACCAACCGCCGACAGCGACAGCAACAACGACAACAACGACGACAACGACGACGACGACGACGACGACGACGACGACGACGACAGUGACAGCGUCAACGAGUACAGCUGCCGACCUCCGACUCUUGCAACAGCCGCCGCCGCCGUCGACCUUCCACGGCUGCUUCUUCGCCGGACCGCAGAGGGACAGCCAGAGUCCCUCAAGGCUGCCUUGGACCAGAUUCCCCCCUUUCUCGCUGGCCCUUGCUGCGUCUCUCUCGGCCUCCCUCUCUCUCUGUCGCGGCAGCCUCGUUCGAAGGGGAUAUGGAUUGAGGACGAGCCCGUCGAGCAACAAUACAACAAAUCUGACAGCAACUGA